AUGGCUAAACAAGAUGAUGGACUUUUUCUUCUUGAAGUGUUGGUUGAUAAAAUUGUAUUCGCAAAAAGCCCUUGUUUUUCUGACAAAGAUUUUAGAACAUGUGUGAAUAUUGAGUGUCCAUCGGUCGAGCCUCUGGAGAUAUGCGAUGACGAUCCAGGAGCUUGCGUUGUUAAAAGUGGUGGACCUUUUGUUAAAACAUUCAAUAGCGGCAAAUCAUGUCUUUUCUCCCUAAAAGAGGCUGAUAUAAAUAAAGCUAUGUCCAAGUUUCCUAUAAAAGUAACAGUGUAUAAAUCUCUUCCUUGCGGUUGUUUACCAACAAAGAUAGUAAUGGGAGAAGCAACAAUAGACAUGACAAAAGAAUUUGUACAGGCAAGGAAAAAGUUUUUGGAAGACCCCAGUAAUGUCAGCUACGAAGCAUUAAAAGAUGCUUUUCGCAUUGUCGGGUCCGAUGGUGUUGAAGCGGGAGAAAUUAUAAUGUUUCUUCGUAUAUCCUGUUUUGGGAAAUUGAUCAUCACUAGAUUUCAAGGAGCCGGACCACCAAACCUCAGUAGCGCGGGAAAUUCUUCUGUCGUUGAUAGAUCUUGUAAUCCUAGAAAAGAUUUUCAAACAACUCAGGACCCCUGUGCUUGUGGCACAGCAAAUGCAUUUAAGAAGAAAGGUAUUACUGAAUUAGCAGCAUGUCCAGAAGAAAAAGAUCAUUAUAAUAGCAUGCCGUGUGAGGAUCCAGACGAUCCAUGUUACUGCUCCGGUCCAAAAACUGCCACAAAACAACAAAUGGCAUGUAGAAAUACUGAUCAAUAUUGUUUGCAUGUACCAAAAGGUACUGGAUCGAGUCGCCUGUCGAAGAUUAUCUGUAAAGACAACAAGAAAGAUAAGGAAUUUGAAAACAGUAAUAGACGAAACGAUACUGGAAGUAAAAUACGGAACUUCUAUCCUGAAAACAAAAACAAUAUUUAUGAUGUGUUACCUCUACUAUCGAAUGAGAGAUAUACAAGUGAAGAUUCUGAAGUAUCUUUGAGUACAUCAAUUUCUAAUAGUAGGAUCGACUCAGCUAGAGACAAUUUAUUUUCCAAACUAUAUAGUAGGUAUUCAUCGAAAUUAUUGAUGACCAGUUCAAAAGUAAAUCCAUUCAAUGUGAACGAAACUACGGUUUUUAUGACUUUACUGGACAAUUCGAAAAUUCGACGGACGUCUGGCUCACAAGCAACAGCUUCCAUAAACAAAUGCUUACAAGCAAGCAAAGAAAACAAUUCUGAAAGAAUAUACGGCGCCAGCACACUUAGUUCGUCCUCUAACAAUUGGUCAACGUGCACUUUGUCUACUUGUCCUCAUAGAAAUUUCCGUCAAGGCAAUAAUCAUGACGCUGACGUAUAUUUUUUUGGAAAUAAAAAAGAAAAUAAACUUAAUGUGGGAAUGGGAAGUUCAGAUUCAAAAAGUAACCGCAAAAAUUCAGGUCAACAUGCUCCCAUAAAGGGUGAGAAAAAUUCCAACGUAAAAAAUACAGCAGGUGUGCAAGCUCAAUCUCAAAGCAAUACAGCGGCAGCCCAAACAGGAAAAUGUAAAGGUUCAUCGGCUACUACUAGUACAUGUAAGGCAGUCUCCAUAAAAGAUGAAAAAAGUGAGAACGUAUGUCCAGCUGUUUCUGGAACCAAAGGAGACAUGGUUGCUACAGUAUCGCAUAUUAAAAUAGGGCCAAGAGAACCGUGUCCGGUGCAUGGUAGAGAGCCAUGUCAGGGCCCGAAAUGUAUAAUUGCGUCAUCAGGUGAAGAUCAUGUGCCAGUGAAGGUGACUACAGUGACAAAUCCACGUCGUGGUGUUUUUGAACUCGUUGUAAGAAAAAUGACCGGAGCACCACUCGCAAAAAAUGAAUUAAUGUUAGAAUGGACACCACCGCCUUAUAGGCAACCACCUUGCGGAACCCCAUGUCUUAUACCUUGCACGACACCAGGGCGGGUACCUAAAUGUAAAAUGAUAGUUUGUAGACCUUCACGAUGUAAAACAAAGAGUUGCAAAGGACCUAAGCGACCUUGCGGUCCAAUUUCUUGUCGAUCUCCGAGCAAGAAGUGCAUAAAGACGUAUUGCUGCUUAACUACGUGUCGACCUUGCAAGCCAUGCCCGAUCAUACCCAGGUGUCGCUCUCCAUCACCCUGUAAGAGUCCGCGCGUGUGUUGCAGCACUCUGUGUAGCACUCCUUGUAAAAGUACUCCGUGUUUACGAUCCUGUCCAGUUGGACGAAAAAAGACGAGAAGAGCUAAAAGUCAGCCUCGCAUCAGAGCACAUAAAAAACGGAUGUCGCCUUGCCUUAAUCGCAUAUCAGCGUUUCCGGUUGUACGCUGUAGAAGCAUACCAGGUCCGUGCAUCGCAUGUUGUCCUAUUCCGUGCCCCAUCCGAAAAUGCUGUUCAGGUUCACCAUUCAAGCCACCUAAGUGCUGUAGAAGUACUUGCUCCUCGUGUUGA